CAUAGUUCAUUCAACUUUGAAGGCUAAUCUUAUUGGGACUGAAUUGAUGGGGCGAGUUUCUACAUUGAGAAAAAGGAACGAGAGUCUACAAGGGCUCUAUAUGAGGCUAGGAAAAUAGCUGAGGAUGCAUUAUUUGAGGCAGCAAACUGGAAAAAACAAUUUGAGAGUACCCAAGUGACUGUAGAAGAGUUGCGGGAGAGCAAGGCUCACUUGGAGCAACAAAAUCAUGGCUUAACUUCUGAACUGGGAAUUGCAAAUGCUUCUUGGGGUCAGCUUAAAGAGGAUAAAAAGCUUCUGGAACGUUCUUUAUCUAGAGCCAAUGAUGAGAUUAAAGAGCUUAAAGCACUCAUGGAGAAGAAAGAAGAAUACGCAAAGGAGUUAGCUCAAAACUUAAGUCAUGCUCAGAAUGAUUUAAGAAUUUCUUCUGAUAGAAUUCGUGCCUUGGAAAGUUCUCAUGCCUCUCUUGAAACUUCCCUGGAUUCUCAUUUAGCCGAGCACCAAAUAAUGAAAAAUGACCUUACUAUGUGGGAAAAGGAAUACAAGGCUUUGGAGAAGGAAUAUAAUGUUCUUGAAGAAAAUUUCAACAUAGACGUGAGUUGGGCUUUUCUAAAUUCUCGACGUGAUGCUUUGAUGGAGGCUACACAGGAAAACUUUGACUUGCAAUCUGAGUUGGCCAAAGUCAUAGACACUAUCGAAAAAGGUCAACAACCUGCUGAUACUCCUUCUCCGGCACUUCGAACUAUUGACACCCCCUCUCCAGCACUUGAAGCUCCUGGAACAGAAGAGUGUUUGAACUCCGAAGCAGUUACUGAGGUACUUGAAGUUAUAACUCCAGCUUCCGAAGUUGAAACUUCUAUGACAGUCUAUGGAAAUUGAAGUUCCUGUGACUGUUACUUCCCUCGUUGAUAUUAUCUCUUCAAGCUCAGCUGAAAUCGCUCCUAUUGCUGCUUCGUCAGAAGUUGUAACCGCACAUGUUAUUGCUU